AUGAAGCCAACGGCCAUCCUCUCCCUCUCCCUCGCGGCAAUAACCACUACAGCGGCUGCCUCCAAUGUCCACGCAGCCGCCGACCUCAUCGUGCGCGCCAUAGAUCCUGUCACCAUGGACCCUACCAAGUUCUCCGUUCUCUCGGUGCUCAAAACGGCAAUGCCUACUCCGACCGGCACAGCCACCGACAUCGUCCUGCCGACCGGCGACGUCACCCCACAGUGGUACAAAGACCUUCCCGCUGACGUGAUGGUGCUGUUGGCGCAGAUGUAUCCCACGACUCCUACUGCUGCGGUAAGUGAGACUGCUGCGCUGGCUAUGAAUGACUCCUCAUCUUCGAUACAGGAUCCGACUGCGUCUCAGACCACGCUUACCAGGACGUUGGAAAUUGCUAGUGCCACACUCAGCGCUACUGCAUAUGGCACUGGUUCAUCGAAUAGCAGUGGUGUCGCCUCCGCCGGUUCACUGUUUUCCAACACCACAAGGAUCACGGGCGGGCCAACUGCUACUGUGAAUGGUACUAUGGUCCCUACUGGGAAGCCUGGCCUAGCUCUGUCUGGCAAGUCGGUUGGUAUUAAGAACACUAUUGGCACGGGAGUGUUAUCUGCGGUCAUGGGGUUGAGUGUUGCGGCUGCCUUCUGUCUGUUCGCCUAG